AUGGUGAUCAGUGUCAACUAUCGUCACACGCCCGAGUAUAAGCAUCCGACAGCACAUAACGACGCGUGGGAUCCGUUCGAAUGGCUAUCCGAGAACAUUUCUGCACUUAGUGGCGAUCCCAACCGAGUCAUCGUCGGUGGUGUCUCAGCUGGCGGAUGGCUGGCCACUUCGAUUGCCCUGCGAUAUGCUGAAGACAAAAUAAAAGACAAGGGGCAGCUUCGUCUUCAUCCUCUCCCGACUGUACCAUUCAAGGACAAGAUCAACGCCGUCAUCCCUGGCCUGAUCGCGACGCCAUUGGUCGAGAGACUAGCUGAUGAAUACCACGAGGGCGACUACGAAGGUCUCAUGAAACAGAAAGGGGGAACUGUUCCUCUAGGCCGACAAGGCACCGCGGAUGAGGUGGCUAAUGCUACUCUGUUUCUCCUUUCCGACGCUGCCAGUUACAUCACGGGCGCGGGUCUGACUGUAGAUGGAGGCACUAUGUAG